UUCCUCCCUUCUUACUCUCUAUCUCCCUGAGUCUGUCUCUGCUCUGUCUCCGUGUCUCUGACCCCGUGUCUGCGGGCAGGUUCGGCAGUUGGUCUAGGGGACUCGUGGGGCUCAGCGGUUCUCCCCGAUGGGCAUUAAGUGGGCCGAGCUGUGGCUGCCCCCACAGGGCAAGGGCACCAGACCCGAGCCCCCUUUGGCCCUGGGCCUGUCCACGAGGAGAGCCCUGACCAUCCUGAAAGAGCAGCUGAGCGCCGUGCUCCAGGCCCACCUGAAAGAACGCAACAACGCUGUCACCUGGAAGGAGGCGUGGACGAGCAGUUUCCUGUACCACGGGAACCGGCGCUCCUGCUUCCACUGGCCGGGAGCGCUGCUCAUGCUGCUAGCCGCGCUGCUGCUGCUUUGCUGUCGCCGGAGCCAGCCACUGGGGAGCGAGGGCGUGGAGGUGGUGAACGCGGCGGCCAUAGUCCUGCUGCUGCUCCUCAACCUCCUGGUGGUCGGGCGGCAGGAGCGGCUGAAGCGCUGUGAGGUGGCGAGGCGGCUGCAGGGCAUCAUCGACGGCAUCCAGGACGCUCUCAGGGACGGCCAAGAGCUCAAGUGGUCUGAUGCCAUGUAUCCUGACCUGCACAUGCCCUUUGCCCCAUCCUGGUCCUUACACUGGGCAUACCGCGACGGACACCUGGUCAACUUGCCCGUCAGCCUGUUGGUGGAGGGGGACGUGAUCGCCCUGCGGCCUGGCCAAGAGUCCUUCGCCUCUCUGAGGGGCAUCAAGGAUGACGAGCAUAUUGUCCUGGAGCCUGGGGACCUGUUCCCGCCCUUCUCCCCACCCCCAUCCCCGCGAGGAGAGGAGAAGAAAGGGCCCCAGGACCCCCAGCAGCAUCGGCUCUUCCGCGUCCUCAAGACGCCAGUGAUUGACAACGUUAGGUGGUGCCUGGACAUGGCCCUGUCGCGGCCAGUGACGGCGCUGGACAACGAGAGGUUCACGGUGCAGGCCGUGAUGCUGCGUUACGCGGUGCCCGUGCUCCUGGCCGGCUUCCUGGUCACCAACGCCUUGCGCUUCAUCUUCUCGGCCCCCGGCGUCACUUCCUGGCAGCACACCUUGCUCCAGCUGCAGGUGAACGGCGUCCUCCCCAUCCUCCCGCUGCUCUUCCCUGUCCUGUGGGUUCUGGCCACAGCCUGCGGCGAGGCCCGCGUCCUGGCCCAGCGGAGCAAGGCCCCGCCCAGCUCCCUGCUGGCCAAAUUCUCAGAGGAUACACUCAGCAGCUACACUGACGCCGUCUCCCCUCAGGAAAUGCUGCGCUGCAUCUGGGGUCACUUCCUGCUGGUCAUCCAGGGCAAGUCGCCCACCCUGAGUUACACCUCCAGCCUGCUGCAUAGCCUGGGCUCCGUCACGGUGCUGUGCUGCGUGGACAAGCAGGGAGUUCUAUCCUGGCCCAACCCCAGCCCUGAGACCGUCCUCUUCUUCAGCGGGAAGGUGGAGCUGCCGGCAGGGAGCCACGAAGACCUGGCCGAGGAGGACGACGAGGCCCUGUCCGCCCGCCCCUUCGGCCACCCUGAGGUAGAGGAGGAGGAGGAGGAGCCCCACGAGCGCGACGCCCUGCUCUCCGGCCCCCUUGGCGACACCCUGCAGCUGGUCAGCGAGCAGGAGCGUGGCGGCUGGCUGGGGGACGGGCCCAAGCCCCCCGAGCCUCCCAGCCACCGCAGGCCCCCGGGGCGCAGCAAGCACCCCUCCGGCUCCAAUGUGAGCUUCGGCAGGGACGGCGAGGAUGAGGAGUCUAGAAAGGCCGUCGGUCCCGGGGAGAGCGGCGCCGUGGAGGUGGAGGCCGAGGACCUGGUGUGCGACUACCACCUGGAGAUGCUCAGCCUGUCGCAGGACCAGCAGAACCCCUCCUGCAUCCAGUUCGACGACUCCAACUGGCAGCUGCACCUGGCCUCGCUCAAACCCCUGGGGCUCAGCGUGCUGCUCACCCUGUGCGACGCCAGCGGCACCGACCGCCUGUGCCGCUUCUCCGAUCACCUCUGCGGCAUCGCGCUCCAGGACAGCCACGGCGCCGUGCUGCCCGUCCACGUGCCCUGGGGGCUCUGCGAGCUGGCCCGCCUCAUCGGGUUCACCCCUGGGGCCAAGGAGCUGUUCCGGCAGGAGAAGCAUCUGGCCCUGUACCGGCUGCCCAGUGCCGAGAUGGUCAAGGAGACGGCUCUGGGGAAGCUGACCUGUGUCACCAAGCGGCGCCCCCCGCUCAGUCACAUGAUCAGCCUCUUCAUCAAGGAUACCGGCACCAGCACAGAGCAGAUGCUGUCUCACGGCACGGCUGACGUGGUCCUGGAGGCCUGCACGGACUUCUGGGACGGCACCGACAUCUAUCCGCUCUCCGGCUCAGACAGGAAGAAGGUUCUGGACUUCUACCAGCGGACCUGCCUGUCCGGCUACUGCUCCGCCUUCGCCUACAAGCCCAUGCACUGUGCUCUGUCCACCCAGCUGAAUGGCAAAUGCGUCGAGCUGACCCAGGUGCCCGGGCACAGUGCCAUCUUCACUUCCUGUGAGCUGCCCGGCACCACCCCCAUCAAGCACAGCUCCCGCCGCAGCAGCUGCAGCUCAGAUGAAGGGAUCGGGGAGACUCUGGAGCCGGAGGACUGCGUGCAGGCGCUGAGCGGCCAGAUCUUCAUGGGGCUGGUGUCGUCCCAGUACCAGGCCAGGCUGGACAUCGUGCGUCUCAUCGAUGCGCUCGUCAACGCCUGCAUCCGCUUCGUCUACUUCUCCCUGGAGGACGAGCUCAAGAGCAAGGUGUUCGCGGAGAAGAUGGGCCUGGAGACGGGCUGGAAUUGCCACAUCUCGCUGACGCCCAACGGGGCGCUCCCCGGCUCUGACGUCCCCCCCUCCAGCCCCAGCCAGGCGGGCUCCCUGCACGAUGACCUCAACCAGGUGUCCCGGGACGACGCCGAGGGGCUGCUGCUCGCCGAGGAGGAGGGACACUCGGACCUCGUCAGCUUCCAGCCCACCGACAGCGACAUCCCCAGCUUCCUGGAGGACUGCAACCGGGCCAAACUACCCCGGGGCAUCCACCAGGUCCGGCCACACCUGCAGAACAUUGACAACGUGCCCCUGCUGGUGCCCCUCUUCACCGACUGCACCCCCGCGACCAUGUGUGAGAUGAUCAAGAUCAUGCAGGAGUUCGGCGAGGUGACGUGCUGCCUGGGCAGCUCGGCCAGCCUGCACAACAGCUGCCUCUUCCUGCAGAGCGACAUCAGCAUCGCCCUGGACCCCCUGUACCCGUCCCGCUGCUCCUGGGAGACUUUUGGCUACGCCACCAGCACCAGCAUGGCCCAGGCCUCCGACGGCCUCUCGCCCCUGCAGCUGUCUGGGCAGCUCAACAGCCUGGCCUGCUCCAUGGCCCUCAGCCAGGAGGAGAGCUGUAGCAUCAUCCGGCUCAUCGAGCAGGCUCGCCACGCCACCUAUGGCAUCCGGAAAUGCUUCCUGUUCCUGUUGCAGUGCCAGCUGGCUCUCGUGGUCAUACAGUUCUUGUCUUGCCUAGUACAGUUGCCUGCAGUCCUGAGCACCACUGACAUCCUGUGGCUCUCCUGCUUCUGCUACCCCUUGCUGAGCAUCUCUCUGCUUGGGAAGCCCCCCCACAGCUCCAUCAUGUCUGUGGCCACGGGCAAGAACCUCUUGUCCAUCCCCAAGAAGACCCAGCACUACUUCCUGCUCUGCUUCCUGCUCAAGUUCAGCCUGACCAUCGGCUCCGUCCUCAUCUGCUUCGGCUUCACGCUGCAGAAUUUCUGUGACGUCGCUCACAGCCGCGGCGCCUCCAACUGCACCUCCAUCCUGCUGCCCAGUAACGCAUCCGGUGCCCCCGACUGGGUUCGUGGCUUCCCCAACGGGCUGCUCCUGGCACAGAAGCUCACAGCAGCCCUCAUCGUCCUGCACACGGUGUUCAUCUCCAUCACCCACGUGCACCGCACCCAGCCCCUGUGGAGGAAGAGCCCCUUCUCCAACGUGUGGUGGACCCUGACCCUGCCCGUGGUUCUGCUGGGACAGGUGGCCCAGACGGCCGUGGACCUGCAGCUGUGGACACACAGAGGGCAGGACGGCGGGGCCACCUUCGGCCUGGGCGACGUGCCGCCCCUCACCUGGCUGCUGGGCUCCCUCUCCCUCCUCCUCGUGGUCGUCGCCAACGAGAUCGUCAAGCUGCACGAGAUUCGAGUGCGCGUCCGCUAUCAGAAGAGGCAGAAGCUGCAGUUUGAAACCAAGCUGGGCAUGAACUCUCCUUUCUGAGCCGCCGCGCUGGCCCCGCUGAGGGGCACGGCCCUGGCCUUUCCGUCCAGUUACCCGAGCGGGGCCCUGGGCGUGGGCCCUACCCCUGGUCUGUUGUGUGGCCUCCAGCCCCGACCCCUGCCUCCUCCGCAGGCUUCGGGCUGGGACCGGAGCGGUAAACUUCAGCCUGGCUGGGCAAACGCCACAACCCUGGCCUUGCCCACCCCACUGCCCACGAACCCCAACACCCCCCCCCCCCCCCCGACACACAAGAGUGCACGCACGCGGCAGGAGAGCAGGGUUCAGCGGGGUUUUUACCACUCUAGAUUUUAUACCAGACACAAGCCUCUCAGGGCAGAAUGUAAAGACUGAUUUGUAUUAAAUCUCCUUAAAGUUG